CAGCGUCUCCCUCACUCCAAAGGAGAGAAGAGAGAGAGAGAUCUGAUCGGUAUUUUGGUUCGUCGGAGAUCAGAAGAAUGAGCGGAGGCGACGAAAACAUGAGCGGUGGUGGAGAGAGACGUAAGGGAUCGGUGAAGUGGUUUGACACACAGAAAGGGUUUGGGUUCAUCACACCAGACGACGGUGGUGACGAUCUCUUCGUUCAUCAGUCUUCCAUCAGAUCUGAAGGCUUUCGUAGCCUUGCCGCCGAUGAAUCUGUUGAGUUCGAUGUUGAGGUUGACAACACGGGGCGUCCCAAGGCUGUUGAAGUCUCUGGACCCAACGGUGCUCCCGUUCAGGGAAACAGCGGCGGUUCAUACGGCGGUGGACGCGGUGGUAGAGGUGGUGGACGUGGUGGUGGCUACGGAGGCGGUGGUUAUGGUGGUAGAGGAGGAGGAGGCGGUGGACGUGGUGGUGCCGAUGGUACUUGCUUUAAGUGUGGUGAGCCAGGUCACAUGGCGAGAGACUGUUCUCAAGGUGGUGGUGGUGGUGGCGGUUACGGAGGAGGUGGCGGUGGUAGUAGAGGUGUCGGAGGCUGCUACAGCUGUGGCGAGUCGGGACAUUUUGCAAGGGAUUGCACUAGCGGUGGUGGUGGUGGUCGUUGAAGCAAAACAAGACAAGCCGGGUGGAUAAGGGUAAAUCAGUCAUCUCACACAUGAAAAAACGACGAUCCUCUUUCUUCUCAGCUGCCUUCUAUCAAAAUAUAUUAUUAUCUUAUCUUUUGUCAUCAAACUCUUCAUGUUUUCGGAUUUUUAUUAAUUUAGGACUUUUGGUUAAUUAUGAUGCUCUGUGAUUUUUAUUGCAAUGUUUAUCAAAAACUCUCUAUCUGCUCUAUUUCAAGCCUUCAUACCUUCAUAA